GUAGAGGGAGAGAGGGAGAGAGAGAGAGAGACAGACAGAGAGCGAGAGAGAGAGAGAGAGAUAGAGGGAGAGAGAGGAGAGAGGAAGUGUCAGCUGAGGGAUGAUAACCACAGUGAGACAUCUUGCAAGGGCGCGCCGGAUUUACACACAAACACGCACGCACGCACACACACAGUGCACAGUGCACACACACGUCCUCUUCUGCAUUUCCUCAUUGCACAUGCUCAAUGUGCUACUAGUUCAGACGUACACAAGACUGACAGACUGACUGACAGACAGACGGACGGAGAGAAGAAACAAAGGAGAGAAGAGAGAGAGGAGAGGAACCACACGUUUACCAGUUCUCUGAAACUUGACUUCUAAAUAGGUGAAACAAUGUCUCCAUCAGAGAACUAGAACGUCAUUCUAUUCUAGUUCUGGGUUCUACAGUACAGACACAGGUUGUUUUAGAACCCUGGCAUUUACUUCUAGAAGGUUUGUCAUUAGAAUUCUUACAGUUGACCACAGACAUCUUAUGUGAUUACUAGCUAAAAAACAUUCCGUGCGGACGAAUCUACAAAUGUUUUGUUUAACAGCAUAUUUUACCAUAUUUUCAGGAGUUAUUCCAUCACAGUUUUCCUUUGGCAUGUUGCUCGGAACCCGAAUGUAAGGCCCAUUCUAGAUCUGUAGUGGACCUGACCAAUCUGUAUAGGAAGUCCAGAUGAACCGACUGCUGCUGCUGUGACGUCUCCUGUGUUCAACGUCGUCUCAACGUUCUCUCAACGCCGUCUCAACGUCGUCUCAACGUUCUCUCAACGUCGUCUCAACGUCGUCUCAGCGUUCUCUCAACGUCGUCUCAACGUCGUCUCAACGUCGUCUCAACGUUCUCUCAACGUUCUCUCAACGUUCUCUCAACGUCGUCUCAACGUUCUCUCAACGCCGUCUCAACGAUACCUACCGGCUCUUUGCUCUUCCUUUCUCCGUGAAGAGAAACCGGCUGGUGUUUCUGGUUGGCUGGUCUGUCGCACUGAGAUUGAGGUGAAGUCACUGCCCUUUUCACUUUACCGCCGAUUGUGAGAGAAGCUGUGUGGAUUGUUUCACAACUAUCUGGGCUGUUCAGAGACGGAGAGCAUAGAGAAGUCUGUCUACUGGGACUGUCAAUACAUCCGUCAGUCAAACAAUAGACGUAUUGAUCAAUCCAGUGACCGACCUACACUGCUCAGUGUGUCCUCUGUGGACCUCCAUCCAUCCAGACUCGCCCUCUCUCCCACCCCUUCUUGCCCGGGGAAAAAGUGAGGUUGAGUGGGAUGGCUGAGGGGCAUGCUGGGCACCACCCCCAGGUGUUCGUGGUGGACAGCCAGGCGAGCUACACCCCCUUGCCCAGCGGGAGGCACCUCAGGUGGGGAGGGAUCGGCCAGAGAGCCAUUCAGCUCCUGGUGGGUCUUGCGCUGGUCGGGAUCGUCAUGGAAGCCUGCUUUAUCGUGCACUUGUACAACAGGACAGGGGCCCUGAUGAAUGCUCAAUCCUUUAUCCAGAGGAGUGGCUCAGCUCAGGGUCUGACUGGAUCUGAAGAGACCAAUGAGAUUUUAGUCGAGCCUACGACGAGGACAAGCCCACCUGAGAUCCAACGGAAACCCUCAGCACACUUGAUAGGCUCCCCCCUGUCAGUGGGUGAGGAUAGUGUCGUUCUGUGGGAAUCAGACAAGGGUCUGUCUGCCUUCACAGAUCAGAUGGACUACAAAGAUGGCCACCUGGUAGCACAGAGGAAAGGACACUACUAUGUCUACUCCAAAGUGCACUUCGUUGAAGACUGCUUUCUGUUCAAACACAAGGUGAUGAGGAUCACCGAGGGUUACAAAAACAAACCACUUGUGUUGAUGAAAUCUAACAGGUUCCAUUGUACUUCCCAGGAUUCCAGACCAAAUAAGAUUUCUCAUCAGAAUCUUCUGAACAGCUACCUGGGCGGAGUCUUCCGUCUGUUGGCUGGAGACAUCAUCUAUGUAACCGUGGACAACGGGACGCUCCUGAGACUUGGAGCUGAAGAUAAUUUCAUGGGGGCAUUCAUGAUUUAGGAGACGGUGUGUAUUGACACACACACACGUACAUUUGUCAAUCAGAUUUGUGGGUCAGUUAUAUUAUUUCAAUGUAUAGAUUCUAACCAAGGUGUGUUAUAGAGAAUCACACUAGAAAACAGACUAUUGUUUUUAUAAAGGUAUUUUAAUCUUGAGACAACAUCUGCAGCUAUUACCGUGAAUGCCAUCUCGGCAAAUGGCGGGGAAAAUUCCUUUAAAAAUCCAUUGUCGGCUGUCUAGUGUAGUGUUUCUCAAUCCUGGUCCUGGGGACCCAAAGGGGUGCAAAAACCUGCUGAGGAGUUGAUUACUUGAAUGAACUGUGGGAGUACUACAAACAACAGCACCCACGACCUGGACUGAGAAACACUGGGCUAGUGCUACAAACAACAGCACCCAC